AUGCUCGAAUUACGCUUUGCAAUCAAUUCUGAAAGAUGCUUUGAGGAGUUCAAGCUGCUACCUAAGGCCAAGCUGUUACCCAAGGCCAAGCUGUUACCCAAGGCCAAGCUGUUACCCAAGGCCAAGCUGUUACCCAAGGCCAAGCUGUUACCCAAGGCCAAGCUGUUAUCCAAGGCCAAGCUGUUAUCCAGGGCUAUUAUCUUCCGCGCGAGGCGUACAGCGAGCGGGAAAGCACUUUUAAAACGAGGCGCUAUUUUCAAAAACAAGGAUUCACCCCAGUUAACCCAAAAUUUGGAGGCAACUAAGGCGGACAGGGCGGAGAUGGACGGCACGGUUUUGGAGACGCAGAAUCACUUGAAGCAACUGGAUGCAUCUAUUGGGGGUAAGGUGGAGUUGCUCACGACUCAGUUGAGGGAGGUGGAGGAGAAGGCACGCAAGUUGGAGGGAUGUUAUGCAACAUCGGAAACGAGUUUGGGUGAGCAGAAAGAGGCGGUGGAGAAGUUGAAGGAUACAUUGACGAAGUUGGCCGAGUUCACACAGGACCUCAUAGAUCGAUUCGUUGGAGGGGGGAGUUCGAACGAUAAUGAAGGUCCGUCUAAUUUGAGCUACAUGGUUCGUACUGGUGGAGGUUUUGAACCGAGGCAUUUCGUCACUCUUGGGGUGGAUUUGAACCGGGGACCUCUAGGUAUCUAA